AUGGCGACGCUACUCCCGCCCCCAAAACGACAGAAGGUCUACCAUGGCAUUGCGCCGCCAGAGCCGAAGCUGCCUCAGCCUUCGCCGCAUAUCGUAGUGCAAUUUGUCAGUGAAGAGGACGGCCAACCUCUUGCACCCGCAGUGAACUUACCCGCGAACGUCUCGCGUGAGGGUCUCGAGGCGAUCGUAAACAAGCUCAACAUAAAAGAUGAGGACCCCGUCCCGUUCGCGUUCCACAUAGCGCUCCCGGCAGACGCAACGACACCCGGCGCGCCCACCCGCAUCGCGAUCGCAAAAUCCAUCGAAGAGGAUGUCCUCUCGCAUCCCUCGCACGCCUUCACGUCUGAAGACGUCUUCGUUAUACACUGCUCUCCGCAAGCCGUCUUCAAAGUUCGGCCGGCAACACGGUGUUCAUCUACGCUCUCCGGGCACACCUCCCCCAUUCUCUGCGCUUCGUUUUCUCCCACUGGCAACCUUCUGGCGACUGGGUCCGGCGACUGUAAUGCUCGGCUAUGGGAUCUGGGCACGGAGACGCCGUCGCAUGUUCUUUCGGGGCACAAGGGAUGGGUGCUUUGUGUCGAGUGGGAAGCUAUGGAGCGGAAGCUCGCUACGGGCGGGCAUGAUGGACAUGUCAGACUAUGGGAUCCCAAGACCGGCACGGCAAUAGGCGACGCUCUCAAGGGCCACACAAAAUGGGUGACUUCCCUCUCCUGGGAGCCAAUACACCUGAAUCCCUCUGCUCCACGACUUGCAUCUUCAUCGAAGGAUGGCACUGUCCGCGUAUGGUCGACACUUACCCGAAGGUGUGAAUACACUCUCGGUGGUCACACCGCAAGUGUGAACGUGGUUCGAUGGGGUGGCGGCGGAUUGAAUGGAAAGGGCGUGCUCUACACUGCGUCCAGCGACCGGACAGUCCGGAUAUGGGACGCCGAGAGCGGACGACCAUUGCACACGCUGAAGGACCACGCACACUGGGUGACGACACUCACGCUCAACACCGACUUCGUGCUGCGCACUGGUCCGUUCGACCAUUUAGGGAAAAAGACGAGCUCGGACACCGAAGCCCAGGAGCUCGCGCAGAAACGAUACAACGCACUCGUCGCGACCGCCGGCGAGCUGCUUAUCACCGGCUCGGACGACCACACGCUCUUCCUGUGGUCGCUCUUCCCUUCACGCACCGCGUCCAAUGACGCAGCGGGCGCCGCGGCGGAGCGCGGGGGAAAGCUGAAGCCUCUCGCGCGGCUGACGGGGCACCAGCGGCAGGUCUCGCACGUCGCUUUCAGCCCCGACGGACGGUGGGCGGCGAGUGCGGCGUGGGACAACAGCGUGCGCGUGUGGGAUGGGCGCACGGGCAAGUUCGUCGCCACGCUCCGCGGGCACGUCGCGGCGGUGUACCGCCUUGCGUGGAGCGCGGACUCAAGACUGCUCGUCAGUGCGAGCAAAGAUAGCACGCUGAAGCUCUGGGACCUCAAGACGUACAAAAUCAAAACGGACCUGCCCGGGCACGCGGACGAGGUCUACUGCGUCGACUUCGUCGCGGACAAGCUCGUCAGCGGCGGGCGCGACCGCACGGUGAAGAUAUGGAAAAAUUGAGCGUGAUUUCGCCACCCGCGCAAGGACGUUCGGUGCGGUCGUGAAGCAGCCCGCCACAGGGUGCUCGCAGACGGACGUGUGGCGCUCGGUAGUGCUCGCGACGGCGCGACGCGGUUGGCGUGCAGGAUCGCGGUGAGACGUUGGGGAUUCCGGGCGUCGCACGUCAUGGCGCGUCCGGUGUUGGCUUGGUAUCCCGCCUUGUCCCGUUCCGUACCGAGUUGCCCCCCGCUAGUGCAUCCGACGGCGAACUGCAAUAUUAUCCUGCAUGCUAGCA